AUGGCUUCCAGUUCUUUGAUGAAACCUCAGAUGCAUGGCCUUCUGGCCAAGUGUCUGCGAUUUCAUAUUGCUGGAGCAUUCACUGUAUCUCUGGGAGCUGCAGCUUUCUAUAAGUUUGCUGUGGCUGAACCAAGAAAGAAGGCAUAUGCAGAUUUCUACAGAAUUUAUGAUUCCAUAAAAGAUUUUGAGGCGAUGAGGAAAGCUACUGUCUUUCAGAGUGCAAAAUGA